CUGGUCAUGUGCAGACUGCAGGGCACCUACAGUACCACCUCUGAAAUUUGAAAUUUAUAUAUUCAGACAUUAGUAGUAGUAGUAAUCUCACAAUGUGGUUGUCUGUAGUAGUACUUGUUCAUGUAUUGCUCCUGAUCUCCAACUCGGUUGAGUCGCAGUCCAUCAUCGACACUCUUCCAGGUUUCCCUGGCAAGCUUCCCUUCAAACUCGAAACUGGGUACAUUGGCGUUGGAGAGUUAGACGAGGUGCAACUGUUUUAUUACUUCAUCGAGUCUGAAAGGAGUCCUAAGGAUGAUCCUCUGGUGCUCUGGCUCACCGGUGGUCCCGGUUGUUCCGGUCUUUCUGCCCUCUUAUAUGAAAUUGGUCCUUUUACUUUCAACUAUGCAAACUCUAGUGGGAACAAACCAAUGUUGGAAUUGAACCCGUACUCGUGGACAAAAAUUGCGAACAUAAUAUUUUUGGAUGCACCGGUCGGUACUGGAUUCUCGUAUGCAACAACUUGGGAAGCAUAUAACAGCAAUGAUACAUCGUCAACAGCACAAACCUAUGAAUUUCUAAGAAAGUGGCUCAUGGCUCACUCCACGUUUCUCGUCAAUCCGCUCUAUAUAGCCGGCGAUUCUUAUUCUGGAAAAACCGUCCCGAUCAUCGUUCAAGAAGUUUCAAACGGUAACGAGAUUGGACAUUCGCCACCAUUGAAUCUCAAAGGUUUUGUGAUCGGUAACCCACUAACACAUGAGAUUUGGGACACUAAUGCAAGACUAAAAUUCGCUCAUCGAACAGCACUUAUAUCCGAUAGACUUUAUCAGUCAACUAAAAGAAACUGCCAAGGAAGCUAUAUAAAUCCGGAUCCGAACAAUACACAAUGUGUAGAAGAUCUUCAAGAGGUCAAUGAGUGCAUAGCCAAUAUAUAUAUUGCCCAAAUCUUGGAACCAAAUUGCGCUUAUUCACAGCCUCCAAAGCCAAAUAAACUCUGGAGUUUGAGCCCUCAUCUCGAUGAUAAUUUCAUAGAUAUACUCCAUUCAACACCAGAUCAAGUUCUUGAACCAUGGUGUCGGUGCUAUAACUAUGUGUACUCCAUCAUUUGGGCGAAUGAUAAAUCUGUGCAAAAGGCUCUCCACAUUCGAGAGGGAACCAUAACAGACUGGGAGAGAUGCAGUAAUACCCUAACAUAUACACACAAUAUCAUAACAAGUAUUGAUUACCAACGAAACCUCACCAAGAAAGAUCUUCGAGCUCUGGUUUACAGCGGUGAUCACGACAUGUCAAUUCCAUAUGUGGGCACAUUAGAAUGGAUUGAAUUACUGGACUUAUCUAUAAAGGAUGACUGGAGACCUUGGUUUGUUGAUGGCCAAAUUGCAGGAUACGUCACGAUCUAUACAGAGGAAAAGUACAGUUUGACAUUCACAACUAUAAAGGGCGCGGGUCACACAGCACCGGAGUACAAGCCUAAGGAAUGCCUUGCCAUGAUCGAUAGAUGGUUUGCUUAUUACUUUUUAUAGUGAGAGUUGUAGCUCCAAAUUAUGAUCAAGCGGCUUCUUUCUCAUUAGAGUGAGCUCGUUUUUCUAAUUACUAUGUAAUAAUUGGAGAAGUACCUACAAGUUGCAAAAUAUAAAAGCAUGCUAAAAAGUGGUUGUGGCUCC